CUGGCAACCCUCCUGAUGAGACAUGUCGGCCUGAGACAGCCGAUAUCUAAGCCUGCCAACCGUGCUAACCGGAGGUGUCUUAUCAAGAACGGAGCCAGCACUGGCAACAUGCAAGUGGCACCUUCCACAGAAAACUUGAAAAGGCAGCGAGUUCUGCUGGUUUCUUUUCCAAAGACAAGGGUCGCCAAGUCUCAUCAAGCUGAGAUGGAUGACCCGGCUCAGCUGCGCGAGGAGGGCAAUGGAUUCUUCAAAGCGGGCGACUUCAGCAGUGCCAUCUCCUGCUACAGCAAGGCCAUCAAGGUGUGCCAGACCCCCAGCGACCUGGCCACUCUGUACCGCAACCGUGCUGCCUGCUACCUGAAGACGGAAAAAUAUGCCGAGGCGGCAACUGACAGCACAAAAGCAAUUGAUGUCAACCAGAGUGACAUAAAGGCGCUCUUCCGGCGCUGCCAGGCUUUGGAGAAGCUGGGAAAACUAGACCAUGCCUACAAGGAUGUGCAGCGCUGUGCCACGAUCCAACCCAAUAACAGGAUGUUCGUGGAGACACUCCAACAGUUACGCGCCCGGAUUCAGGAAAAGCUGCAUGAGCAGUUCUCCACAGACCGGCGUGUGGAGCAGAUGUUUGAGAUUCUGUUCGACAGCAGCAUCGAGAAGGACAAGAAGGAAACGGCGGCUCACAAUCUGAUUGUGCUGGCGCGCGAGGAGGCUGGGGCGGAGCGCAUCUUCCGCAGCAAUGGCGUGGCGCUCCUGCAGCGCCUCAUGGAGUCCAAGGAUGUCGAGAUGCUCCUGGCCGCCAUGCGCACCCUCUCGGAGCUGUGCAAGGAGCACCGCGCCCGGGCCACGGCCAUUAUGUACCAAGUGGGGCUGGACAAGCUGUGUGGCCUCAUGGCACAGAACCACGAAGAGAUAUCCUUGGCAAGCUGUAACAUCCUGCAGACCAUCUACACGUCGCUCACCGGCAAGGACAAAUCCGAACACAUUAAGAGGGAAGAGGCCGUCGUCAAAGACGUUUCAAAGGACCUUCGGCGGAUGCUGCUGAAGCUGUUGGACAUGCUCAUCGACAAGAAGGUGUCAAUCCAUGGGCGGGACAACUGUCUGAACCUGCUGAUCAAGAACGUGCCCUGCAAGACGUUGUACGACCGAGACAACUCCAAAACCAUCUUCCUCACCAGCUACGGGCUGCCUCAGAUCCUGACAGUGGCCGGCGCCAUUCCGGAGCUUCCCGAUGCUCUACCGGUGACGGACGAGACUCGCUUGAGCGCCUCCGUGCUGCUCCACAAGCUGUACGACGACCUCCGCAACGACACUGAGCGCGAGGUCUAUGACAAGCUGUGCGACAACUUCGUCACUGGAAGUUUUAGCGGGGAGGACAUGACAAAGAACCUGCAUGCCAUCCAGACCAUCUCAGGACUGCUGGCGGGGCCCUACGAUGUGGGAAACCGCGUGCUGGGCCAGAAGGGUGUCCUGGAGACAAUCAUCUCUCUGGCUGGCUCAGAGUCUGAGCUCGAGCAGCUGGUUGCCACUGAAGCCUUAGUGCUGGCAUCUGCCAAGACCAGCCGUGCCACCUUCAUCACCACCAAUGGCAUCACUCUGCUCAAGGAUAUCUACAAGCGUGCACGGAACGACAAGAUCAAGAUACGCGCGCUUGUUGGCCUCUGCAAGCUGGGCUCGGCGGGAGGGACUGAUUACAGCAUGCGGCAGUUUGCCGAGGGCUCGACUGAGAAGCUGGCGAAGCAGUGCAGAAGGUGGUUGUGUUGCCCGACGAUAGACAACCGCACAAAGCGCUGGGCAGUGGAAGGCCUCGCCUAUCUCACUCUGGACGCAGAUGUCAAGGAUGACUUUGUGGAGGAUGAGGCGGCAUUGAAAGCCAUGUUUGAUCUGGCUCGGGCUGGAGACAAGACAAUCAUGUACUCCGUAUCUUCCGCGCUGGUCAACUGCACCAACAGCUACAACACAAAGGAACGGGUUCCGGAGCUGGUGCAGCUCGCCAAAUACACCAAGCAGCACAUCCCCGAGGAUCACCCGAAGGACCAUAAGGACUUUGUGGCUAAGCGUGUUAAGCGGCUGCUCAAGGCGGGCGUGGUGUCGGCGCUCGUGGUCAUGAUCAAGAGCGACAGCGCCAUCCUCACGGACACCACCAAGGAGCAGUUCGCCAGAGUCUUCCUUGCACUGGCUGAAGACCCACACGACCGAGGCAUUAUUAUUUCCCAUGGAGGAGGCAAGGGUCUAAUCCCACUGGCCUUGGAAGGCACAAAGGAGGGGAAGAUCAAGGCGGCACACGCUCUGGCAAAGCUCACCAUCAAUGCCAAUCCCCGCAUCGUGUUCCACGGAGAGACGAUUUACGAGGUGGUGAGGCCGCUGGUGAGUCUGCUCAACUCGGAGCUCGAUGGCCUGCCCAACUACGAGGGGCUCAUGGCUCUCACCAACCUGGCCGGAGACAACGAGAAGCUCCGGCAAAAGAUCAUCAAAGAAAAGGCCAUGCCCGAAAUAGAGAACUACAUGUUUGAAGAACACGAGCAGAUUCGCCUCGCAGCUACGCAGUGCAUGUGCAACAUGGUGAUCAGCAAGGAGGUCCAGGAGAUGUUCCUGAAGGAGGGCAAUGACCGGCUGAAGAUGGCCGUGCUGCUGUGCGGCGAGGACGAGGAGCCUCUGCAGAUUGCGGCCUCCGGCAUGCUGGCUAUGCUCACCUCGGCCCACAAGUCUCUGUGCUCCAGGGUUCCCACUGUGACGACACAGUGGCUGGAGAUCCUGCAGCGCUUGCUGCUGCACAAGAACGGCGAUGUGCAGCACCGUGGUAUGGUGAUCGCGCUCAACCUCAUGCUGGCAGAGCGUGACAUCGCCCAGAAGCUGAUGGAGUGCGAGGUGCUGGAGAUCCUCAUCGUGCUCUCCAAAGACGAGCGGCCCGAGCGGAUGAAGAUCACGGAGGCCGCGCGAGCCUGCCUCACCGCAGCGAUGGACUAUGGCCUCAUCAAGCCGUUCUCCCAUUGAUACCUCCUACCACACGGCAUGACACAACGCGACGGCAACAGGAGAGAGGGAGGGCGGCACCGUGCAAGAGCACGAUAUACAACGGCGCAGACUCCGUGCGCCACAGUGCGGCAUAGCAGAUUGUCCACAAAGCAUCGUCUAGUAGUGGAGCAUAGCACAACACGGCGGCAUAACGGUUGUAGAAUGCAGCACGGUGUACAGCAUUCACAACACCGCACCUCCGAAUAGCACGGUUGGCUACGCACGGUGCGAAAGAAGUUCAACGUACAUACAACACACAACUGCAAAGCACGACGAGAUGAUUUCAAGCUACACAGCAGAGCCAAGUGGGUGAGACAGCGAUGGGGGUUAACGAGCGACUCUGAUUUGUUAUUUGCAUACAAGUCUAAACACCGAGCAAUUCCCUGUAUUGAUGACACGGGAGACAUGGAUAUAUUUUCAGCAAAAUGUGGACGGGUAAAGGAACAUUUGCUCACACGUUAAUCAGGCCCAUAGUUUGUCUGUACCAAUUAGAUUAUUAUUUGUCCACUGCACCCAUGGGCGGGGGAUGUAUUAUUUUGAUUAUUAUCAGUAAUAUAUUAUAAGUAAACAUUAAUAAUUAUCAUAAAUAUUAUUACAAAUUAGGCCAUGGCGCACCGUGGCAAAGUCCCGUUACCCCGCCCCUCAUGGCGGGCUGUGUUUGCAGGCCGAGUGAGCACUCUGGCUAUUCGUCUUUAGCUCCACCGGAUUCCCAUUUUGUAUACGAGUGCGUGUGUAUACAGUAGUACGUUCAAUCGUGUGCUGUUGAAUUUAAAUGUUCACCCGGCAAACAGGAGGCAUUGUGUAGUGGGGUUUUUUUGUGUUUCUAGAAUUUCUGCUGGUCGUGGUGAUCAGUGUUGAUGAAGUGUUUUGAUAUUUCACAGCUACUACCUUCCACAUCAAUUAAGUAUUUUGUACACUUAUUUAAAUGCUAACUGGUUACCUGCAGUUAAAACACGCUCUCAUCAGCCAUGAUCUGCUGGACUGAUACGGACGUGGAGUAGUGGCGAUUCUUGAUCACGGCUAACAUCAGUGGCAAGUGAUAUCCGAACCAGUCCUGGGCCCCCCUUCACAAACCCACACUGACCAGCGUGGUUAAGUAUGGUCCAACAACCCUUGCAACUGGCACGGCGUGGGGAGGCCUUCAUUGGAAGUGGAUUGGCUGUGGGUUAUAUUUUUUAACUGAAAUGCUACGUGCGACUGUGGACAUUUCAAACUGAGAUAUGGACUACAGAUGCUCAGAGAUCACGUGUCUAACACAGUGAAGUGUUGCUCUUUUGGCUGCGUUGUGACGCUCUCGUGUCACGUGGUUUUACCGGUAGAUACACGUGCUGAAAUUUCACGUACCCGGGUUUUAAUACAAGGAGUGCUCAUCAAAUAUAAUAAAACAAUUCGAGUGAACAACAACAGCUUGUAAAACUUAUUAAGCGUGGUGCACAAAAACAUUUAUUUAAAACAUAACAUUUGCUGGAUUUUUUUUAAUCUAAAGCACAAUAAAUACAGUACAGAUAAUUCCA